AUGGCGAAAAAAGCGAUACUACUUCUCCUCACUGUUAUGGCUGUUUCUGGGGUCUCCCCCACUGUUUAUACCGUGGGUGAUGUUGGUGGUUGGUCGUCGUUGUGUGUGGUUAACUACACUGAGUGGGCUGCUGCCAUAGAAUUUCAAGUUGGAGAUAUUCUGUAUUUUGAGUACGACCCGGGGUUUCAUAAUGUGGUGCAAGUGAGGCGGGAAGACUACCAUGCAUGCAACGCAAAAAAUCCCAUAGCCACCUACUCGUCAGGCAAAGACUACAUCAAAAUCAAGAGCCCUGGCCAUUACUUCUACAUCUGCGGUUUUGUUGAUCAUUGUAAACUCACUGACCAGAAGGUUGAUAUUAGGGUCCCUAAACAUCAUUGA